AUGCGCCUUCUCCAUUCGAAAACUCUCGAGUUUGCUACCUUCUACGGCGAUGCAACCCCGCCUUACACGAUUCUCAGCCAUACCUGGGGCGAUGAAGAAGUCACGUUCGAAGAUAUGCGCUUCAUACAGAAAAGAAAAUCACUCCCGGAAGAUUUGCGGAGAAGUCCAGAGUUUAUGCUCGCAUUCGACGCCGCCGCCAGGCUGUUGUUUCCGCCCAAUCGCGAUCCAGAGAAACUCGCAGGCUACGAAAAGAUACGAAAAACUGCCGAAAUUGCCAAUAGAAGAGGACAUAGGUAUUUCUGGAUCGAUACAUGCUGUAUCGACAAGAGUAGUAGUAGUGAGCUUCAAGAAGCCAUCAAUUCAAUGUACAGCUGGUAUAAGAAGUCGGCUAUAUGUAUCGUCUACCUGGAAGAUGUUGAUAUAUCUUUCCCGGCAGGAACUUGGGAACUCGCACCGGGACAUCUAACGCGUUUCGCGGCCUCUCUUAAGAGCUCCAGAUGGAUCACUCGGGGUUGGACUUUGCAAGAAUUGAUUGCUCCGGGUCGGCUAACUUUCUAUAACAAGGACUGGGAGCCCAUGAUCUCAAAAUACGUAGCUGCUGCGGCUAUAAGCAGUGCAACAAAGAUCCCCCCUUACGUCUUGGCUACUGGUCAACUUCAUCGGGCGUCUGUUGCACAGAAGAUGUCUUGGGCAGCGAAACGGGAAACAACGCGAACCGAGGACAUGGCUUAUUGUCUUCUUGGUCUGUUUCAAGUGCAUAUGCCCAUGCUAUACGGAGAAGGCCAACAUGCUUUCCUACGACUUCAACAUGAGAUCCUCCAGAAUUCUGAUGACAAUACCAUCUUUGCCUGGGAGCCGCUAUCUUCACCUAUGCUUCCUUCCAUCUAUCGUGGCCUCUUAGCUAGAAGCCCUGAAGCGUUCUCUUCAACAUCGAAACAUCAAGUUGAGAGAAGUUACUUCACCACCGAAGCAAAAGAGGGAAUCAGAGUUGACUUAGAAAAAGCCCCUCUUGUACUUCCCUCCGGCGAAGUUUACUACGUGGCAAUACUCGGCUCUGCAAAUGGGACCAAGCUUUCCUUCGGCGACAUUCAUCAUUUGAAGCAAUUUUAUAUGUUUCUAAAGCAAUUGGAUGAACCUAAUAAUGGCCGCCGCAAACAGUAUGUGAGAGUCAUGGGCAUUCCCAAUAACGCUCAACACCAAGUGCAACACAACAUUCUGAUCUUCCACGCCGAGACAAUAUGUGUCCGUCAACAACCAAUCAUUCCAUUGAAUUUUGAGACCACUGAAUUCAGUCGGUUUGUACUCAGGCCGGACACAUAUUCUGCGACUGGUCUACCGGAUAUACAAGCAAUGACAGUGUGGCCGCUGGGACUUAUUUCCGAAAAGAAGGAGAUUAUGAUUCCGAGUCACAGUAAGGACUUCACCGCCUUAGUCUGGCUUCAGGAGCACUUUAACUCCAGUGUAUCGAACGUUCAGGUCUUGCUGAAGUUUACUCGCUUCCCUCGUGUAGGAUAUUGGUGCGAUAUUAUCACAGGGAAACAGUGGCCGAAGGAUCGUGACUCCGUAGAUGAAUGGAGAAAAGCGAUCGAAAGGAACCAUUCGGUCAAAGAGCUAGCCCAGCGCAAGAGAUACCGCAUAGGCACUAGAUCGGAAAUUCGCACAGUGUCUAUCGAGCCAGGAAUACACGCAGAUCAGAUAUGCCUUUUCGUAAACAUUGAUGGACUGAUAAUAUGA